GCAAGGGGCCGUGGGGAGGGGGAGGGGGAGAGAGAGAGAGAGAGAGAGAGAGAGAGAGACAUGGCUCUGCGGCUCUGGGCUCUUUCCGCAUCCAUUUCCAUCGCUCUUGUGCUCUCCUCCGCUUCGGCCUUGACUCCUGAUGGCGAGGCACUGCUGGAGCUAAAGGCGGCGUUCAAUGACACGAAGCGGAUGCUACGGAGCUGGAGACGGGCCGAUCCAAACCCCUGCGGUUGGACCGGCAUCACCUGCCAUUUCCCCGACCUCAGAGUCCGGUCCAUAAAUCUACCUUAUAUGCAACUCGGAGGCAUCAUCUCUCCCAGCAUCGGCAAGCUCCAGAGGCUCCAGAGACUGGCUCUCCAUCAGAAUAGCUUGCACGGACCUAUUCCGGCUGAGAUCAGGAACUGCACCGAACUAAGAGCACUGUAUCUGAGAGCUAAUUACCUACAAGGCAGUAUUCCUCCCGAGAUUGGAGACCUUACUGAUCUCACUAUCUUGGAUUUGUCGAGCAACUUGCUGAGGGGAACAAUACCUCCCUCAAUCGGAAGUCUCGCUCAUCUGCGUUUUCUAAACUUAUCCACCAACUUCUUUUCUGGCGAAAUCCCAAAUGUUGGAAUACUUGGCACUUUCAGGAAUACCUCAUUUGUUGGAAACCUAGAGCUAUGUGGCUUGCCAAUCCAGAAACUGUGUCAUGGUUCAAUGGGCUUUCCGGUGGUGCUACCGCACCCAGAUUCUUUUGCAUCACCAGGAAUUCCACCAGUUUCCACAAAAAGAACAACACAUUUUCUCAAUGGUAUUAUAAUUGGUGCAAUGUCUACAAUGGCCCUGGCAUUAGUUGCAGUCCUUGGUUUCCUUUGGAUCUGUUUAUUGUCGAGAAAGAGAAAGGUAGGAGGCAAGUAUAUAAAAGUGGAUAAGCAAUUUGCCCAAGAUGUUGGCACCAAACUUAUCACUUUUCGUGGAAACCUUCCAUAUUCAUCCGGGGAGAUCAUCAAAAAGCUGGAGCUACUUGAUGAAGAGGAUAUUGUUGGAUCAGGUGGAUUUGGUACUGUCUACAAGAUGGUGAUGGAUGAUAAUAAUGUAUAUGCUGUCAAGAGGAUUGAUCGGAACUGUGAUGGAUCUGAUCAGAUUUUUGAGAGGGAGCUCGAGAUUCUGGGCAGCGUUAAACACAUCAACCUUGUCAAUCUGCGAGGCUACUGUAGGCUUCCCUCAGCCAAACUCCUGAUAUAUGAUUACUUGACCUUAAGCAGCUUAGACCGCUACCUGCAUGAGCAUGGGCAAGAUGAGCAACCCUUGAACUGGAAUGCACGCAUGAAAAUUGCCCUUGGCUCUGCUAGAGGACUGGCAUACUUGCACCAUGAUUGCUCUCCUGGAAUAGUGCAUAGGGACAUAAAAUCCAGCAACAUUCUACUUGAUAGAAGCCUGGAGCCUCAUGUGUCGGAUUUUGGUGUAGCCAAACUUCUUGUAGAUGAUGAUGCACACGUUACAACAGUUGUAGCUGGUACUUUUGGCUAUCUGGCACCAGAAUACCUGCUUAAGGGGCAUGCAACAGAGAAAUCAGAUGUUUAUAGCUUUGGUGUGCUCUUGUUAGAGUUGGUCACCGGAAAGAGGCCUACAGAUCCAUCCUUUGUCAAAAGGGGCCUGAAUGUUGUUGGCUGGCUAAACACAUUAACAGGAGAGCAUCGAUUAGAAGAGAUUGUUGACAAGAAGUUUGGUUACGUGGAUGUUGAAGCAGUCGAAGCAAUUCUCGAUAUAGCUGCAAUGUGCACAGAUGGGAAUCCUGAUGAUCGCCCUUCUAUGAAUGGGGUAUUAAAAAUGCUGGAGGAAGAGAUCAUGUCACCCUGCCUGAGUGAUUUCUAUGAGCCUCACUUGGACAUUUAAGCUGAUUCUUCAAAGUUGUGGAGCCGGGUUCUGUAGAUAUACACCACUUGUGAAUUAGGGCUAUUUCGACCCUUCCCACCUAGGGAGUUUGGUAUUUGGUAAUGUGUUUCUUACCAGAACUGUGGUUUGAGUGCAUGUAUAGAUGAGAGAUUGUAGUAGUCUUCAUGCCUGCUUUCAUUGCAGACCAGUUCAGUUUAUUAAUGUUGGGCCUGAUGAAAAAGAAUGGUUUUUUGGUAAGAAGAAA